AUAUUUGUUUAUGUUUGUUUGUAAAUUAUUCCUGUAAAAUAAGUUUUCAAAUUUCAGGAUUUUAUUCGCAAUUUCAGCUCUAUCUUGUAAUUAAAACAAUUUGUAUUUGUACUAAGUAUUUUGUCAAAUAAGAAUAUUGCUUUACAAGGAAACGCGAAAUAGUGCUUAACCAUGACAGUGUUUAAUUUGGAACAUUUUCCCAAAGUGUGUCGACUGUGUUUGAAACCGGAAUCGAGUCGAAUGUAUUCCAUCGGAGGUAACUUCGAAAGAAUUCGUAUGCGUAUUGGACAAUUUUUAGAUGAAAUUACAUUCGGACCAUCAGAGGAUAAGGUUCAGGAGCUUCCUAAUCUUGUGUGUGAAGUUUGCCUCAAUCAGCUGACAGAUUUUGCUAUGUACCGGAGCCGACUGUUCCUAACGUUACGAUUUAUGGAAGCUUUGGUUGAUCUAAAGCGGUCGGACUCUGAACCACUCACAAAUUUAUUCCGCGACAGCAAAGAUGAACUGGAUGUUCUAUUCAAGGAUCUCUCUUUGUGUAGUAAGCCUGAGCCUCAGAUUGAAGACAUUCUACAGGACUUUGAGUCGUACAGUAUGGCAAAAUGCGAAAUAACAGUCAAGGAGGAAAACGAAUAUCAUCUUGACCGGCAAGAUGACACACAUGAUGAUCCCGAUUAUGACGGUCCCGAUGAUAGUGACAUGGAUAUGAAACCAGAAAUAGCUCUGUGUGAGCAAUCUUCUCCGAAACGAGAAGAUAAUGAAUCAUCCAGUGAGGAUGAUAAACCGCUUCGACGGAGAAAAAAGUCUAAACCUAAAAAGAAAUCCGCUUCUACGUCUGUAUCAAGCGAGGGUCCCAGACGCCGUGGUCGUCCGAGGAUUCAUCCAGAUGGAACUUUCCUCAAGGUGCCAUGGUCCUGCGACAAAUGCAAAUUUACAACCAAAUACCGCCUGGCCAUCGAUCGACACAAGGGCGUACAUGAGAAACGCGAAAACAGAGCUUACCCGUGUGCCAGUUGCGAUCAGGUUUUUAAAACUUACGAAGAGAUGCGUUCGCACAGUUUUACGCACCCGGAAAACCAAGUGGUGUGUGAAAUAUGCGGAUUGUCGCUGAAGAAUUCAUAUUCCCUGAAGGCGCAUAUGGAGCGGCACGAGGACGAUCGGAAAUACACUUGCGAGUACUGUGACUACACUACUCAGACGAAACUUUCACUGAAGGCGCAUAUGCUCAUUCACACCAACAACAUUCUAAAAAUGCGAUGCGAAGUUUGUGGUGUUUCGUUCAGAACUGCAAGUCGUCUGAAGCGUCACAUGGAGGGUCACGACAACGAACGCAAAUAUCCAUGUGAACAGUGUCCAGCACGUUUCAACACUACCAAUGCGCUUCGAAAUCAUCGUACUCGCGUACAUUUAGCGAUUCGACAUCUUUGCGAAUAUUGCGAAAAAACAUACGAUCAAAAAAUUGCGUUACGGGAUCACAUUGAGCGGGUUCACAAUAUUCAAUGCAAUUUUAUAUGCGACAUAUGUGUGGUCACGUAUGACAGCCAAGAGAGACUGGAUCUCCACAAGCAGCGGCAUGAAAACCCCAAACCUAUGGAGUGUAGACUGUGUUUGACGCUUUAUGCCAGCCAGGAAGAUUUCGACAAUCACCUGUGCAUUACGUACAGAGAUGACUACUUGUGCUGUAACAAGGAUCUGCGCAAUCACGCGCAGUACAAUCGGCACAUGCUGGUGAAACAUGGUCUGAAAACCAAUGAUCGGGUUAAACCCGUCCCGGGAAUGUUACUAGGACAGUUAAGAGGAGCUCGAAAGCGACUGGAACAAUGCCGCAAGUGUGACAUUGCCUUCCCAUCUAGGGCAUUGAAACUGCAGCAUAUGAUCGAGUGCACCCGAACGUCGGGAUCUCAAGUGAACUAUUCUAAUGCAGAUGGUAACGUAGAUGUCCAAGAUUACUAGAAUUUAAAAUUUUAGCAUAUUUAUUGUAACCAAAUAUUGACAUACACACAAUUCUGUUUUUACACGA